CUUGCCUCCACAUACCCUAUCUUGCGCUCGGACUACCUCACUUGCAUACAACCACGCACGUUGAAUCCUGAUCAACGAUCGAUCGACCUUGGCUGCACCAGCGAUGGCUUUGAAGACGACCUCUGGCUCGCCGGCUUUGCCCGCAUCGCCUACCUCUUCUAAGGACGAGCGUCACGCCGAGCUGGCUUGGUUGGAGGUUUCCACGAUUGACGAGAUCCUCGACUUAUCGUUACCUCUCGCCAACUCGGCACUGAGUCAAUUAUCGGCUUCCACUGGCAGGCGAGCCAAGUGGACGAUUUAUCUGAGCAGCUGGACGCCCGGCUGGUUGAACUCGACCACCGAGCAUCCGACGGUUCGAAUACGACUACGAAUUUGAGACGGUAUAUCUCGAAAUCAUGAAGGUGAUUACGCGUCUCCUCCUACAGUUCAGUUGCUAUCAAGUUCCUUUAACUGUUUUGCUUGCAACUUAUGGUCUUUACAGCCAAUAUGGCCCAAUCGUACUAGAGCACGGACGACAAUCGGGGUGGGUGUCUGGGAGGGACAGUGCGAGCCAAUGUUUAUUUCUCGAAGAGACGUAGCUACUACCUAGA